UGAUUCAGUCAAAAAGAGAGUCUUAAAAGCAGAUUUCCUAUAUUCUGAAAAUAUAGAGUCUCGUAUCCAUUUCUUGCAAUCAAUGUACCAAUAUGCUAAAGGUUAUCCAGGUUUUAUUCAAAUUGUGAAAAGACCUGUUUUUACUAGAGGAGUAUAUAAGAUUUUAAUGAAACUCAAGACAUCUCCUGUCAUCUGA